GCCCCGUUCCCAGCGUGCCUUGCGCGGUGAAGAAGCGGCGGCUGCAGGCUGGGGGCAUUUUGUGUCCGCGAUAGCAGCGGUCGAGAGACAAGAUGGCGGCGGCGGCCGAGUGAGGGACCGGCGGCGGCCGGGACCCGGCGGAGCCAGCGGGCUUCGCAUUUUCCCUCCCUUUCCCUUCCCCUCUUCCCUUCUCCUCCCCUACAGCAACUCAGUGGCCGCCUCUCGCCUUUCUGGAGGGCACCGAGAGCCGAGCGCCUCCCGGCCGGGGAGCGGGACAGAGCCGCGGAGGGGGGCGCCCGCCGGAGGGGCCCGGCCGGAGCUGAGCGGCGGGGACCAGCGCUUUUUUGUCUGUCCCUCGCCCCUUUCCCUCCCCUGCUCCCGGACGGCGGUAGAGCCCUCUUUCCUGCCCCACUCCUGAGCCCCUCAGCGCCAGGAGGGCCCCUCAGCUGCCCCUCGCCAUGGCGAGUAGCAGCGGCUCCAAGGCCGAGUUCAUUGUCGGGGGCAAGUACAAGCUGGUGCGGAAGAUCGGGUCGGGCUCCUUCGGGGACAUCUAUUUGGCGAUCAACAUCACGAACGGGGAGGAAGUUGCUGUAAAGUUGGAGUCUCAGAAGGCUAGACAUCCCCAGCUGCUGUAUGAAAGCAAACUGUACAAGAUUCUGCAAGGAGGAGUUGGCAUCCCACAUAUACGGUGGUAUGGUCAAGAAAAGGAUUACAAUGUUCUAGUUAUGGAUCUUCUUGGUCCCAGCCUUGAAGACCUUUUCAACUUCUGUUCUCGCAGGUUUACGAUGAAAACAGUACUUAUGUUAGCAGACCAGAUGAUCAGUAGAAUUGAGUAUGUUCACACAAAGAAUUUUAUACACAGAGACAUUAAACCAGAUAACUUCCUAAUGGGUAUUGGGCGUCACUGUAAUAAGUGUUUAGAAUCUCCAGUGGGGAAGAGGAAAAGAAGCAUGACUGUUAGUACUUCUCAGGACCCAUCUUUCUCAGGAUUAAACCAGUUAUUCCUUAUUGACUUUGGUUUGGCCAAAAAGUACCGGGACAACAGGACAAGGCAACACAUACCAUACAGAGAAGACAAAAAUCUCACUGGCACAGCUCGAUAUGCCAGUAUCAAUGCACAUCUUGGCAUUGAACAGAGUCGUCGAGAUGACAUGGAGUCUCUAGGCUAUGUAUUGAUGUACUUUAACAGAACCAGUCUGCCUUGGCAAGGAUUAAAGGCUGCAACAAAGAAGCAGAAGUAUGAAAAGAUUAGUGAAAAGAAAAUGUCCACUCCUGUUGAGGUUUUGUGUAAGGGAUUCCCUGCAGAAUUUGCCAUGUAUCUGAACUACUGUCGUGGCCUGCGCUUUGAAGAAGCACCAGAUUACAUGUAUCUGAGGCAAUUAUUCCGUAUUCUCUUCAGGACCCUGAACCACCAAUACGACUACACGUUCGACUGGACAAUGUUAAAGCAGAAAGCAGCACAGCAGGCAGCCUCUUCCAGUGGGCAGGGGCAGCAGGCCCAAACCCCCACAGGCAAGCAAACUGACAAAUCCAAGAGUAACAUGAAAGGUUUCUGAGCAUGGAGAGGAUGGGACAAAGCAGAGCAGAUCGGAGCAGGACUUGUCACUCCCCAAAUCCUAGAAAUUUUAGUUCAUAAGUACACUUGCCAGUGGCUGUGGGCAACCAUUUACUUGGUGUAAAGAACUUAAUAUCAGUAUAAACUGGCUCUGGGCAGCGUCGAUGAUGCUGCACUUUGAGUUGUAGCAGCUGUAAUUGUGAAUAUUACUGAGAUAGUGAAACAUGGUGUCCAGUUUUCUAUUGCAUUUUUUUCAAGUGGAAAAGUUAACUAAUGGUUGACACACAAGUGGAGAAAAUUGUGCAUAUGCCAAUUUUUGUUACCUUUUUACUUUGAACUACACUGCUUAUGAGAUCUCAUUGUUUUGGAAGAAUGGCAUGAACAGUCUUCGGCAACAGUUGUGAUAAUUGUAAAUGCUCACAAUUGUGCACUCUUUUCUGGUUAUUCCUCCCUGGGUUUUGAAAGUUGUACACUUAAAACAUUCUUAAAGUUGUUGGCUUCUAUGUGCAACAUACCAAGCCAGCUGACAUGGUAGUAACCAAAGAUUCCAGUUUUUAAGCAUAUGAAAGACUCUGCCUGCUUACCUGUGCUAGAAAUAACAGCGUCUAAAGUGAAGACUUAAGGAGAAACUUAGCGACUACUAGAUAAUCUUUAGGACUCUGCAUUAACUCUAUAAUGUUCUUGGUAUAAAAGGAAAAACAGCAUAUUUGUCACAGAAACUUAGUUAACAUCUUACAACUGAACCUGUAUGUAAGUUGCUUAGAUAAAUGUAAUCACUGUAAACAUCUAUACGAUCUGGGAUUUUGUUUUUAUUUUGAAGCGGGAGCUUUUUUUGUUUACAAGUUCAUUAAAAACUAAAAACUGUUUCUGUAAGGAAAUGAGAUUUUUUUUUUUAAUUUGCUUUGUUAAUUCAAUUUAAAAAAUCUGCAUCACCCCUGUUUUUUAAAACCAGGUUUCAGGGCCGUUCGCUAAGCAAAGUCAUAUUUCUUUCUAAAUCAUUUUAGAUUUAGUGUUGUAACUCUUCCUCACUUUUGUUUUUAAAUAAAUUUUGUAUUUUUUCCCUUGAGGGGCAAGGGGCAGUCUUGCAUUUUUAUAACCUGUUUGAGACCCAACCUCUAUACUAAGAUUGGAUUUUUUUUUAAACAAAACGGCGUAUUUUGCAGACCCAGUAUUGGUAGCCUUAGAAGUGUUACCAUGCCAUGCAUUGGCUGGACUGACUUGUGAUUGCUAAUUUGAGAAAAAUAUGAAUGGAAGUAUUUGGACAGUUUUAAACCAAGGCAUUUUCUUUCAAGUUCUUGUGAAGUGGGUAUGACCAGAUUUAUACUUGUUCUUGGGGACAGCCUCAUACCAUGCAGAGUUCACAUUGGUUACUGCCCCAGGCUGUCUUCCUUCUCACUCCUAUUCUAGCCCAGCUGAAAGAAAGAAUACUUUUAUUGCUGGUAAUUCUUUAACAGUGUAAUUUAUUCCUUUAUAGCAUGUCAGAAUAAAUUAAAAAAAUUGUCUGAAAA